AAACACAAUGCGUCGGACGACGCGCUUAACACGCUUUCAAAAAUUAAAUUGAGAUAACAACAAUUUUUAUUAAAACAUUGUCGUAUACAGUGCCCCAUCAUGGCAACACUUGAAAGAUUGGUGAAGGCCUUAGAGACACUAAAGGUGUUGCACGUUAACCCACAACUGUCAGAUGAAUCUUCAAGGGUGAAAGAAAAGAUUGCACAUUGUGUGACAAUAGCUGAUGCUAUGUGCCAAACUGGCAUAAAAGGAGCGUCAAACUUUUCCCAUUUGCUCAGUGUUGCAAUUGAAAUCUUGCUUCAGUUAUGUGAUGACCAGCAUUCUGAUGUACGAAUGAUCGCAGAUGAAAGCCUCAACAGGAUUAUUAGGGCUAUGGCUGAUAGCAAUAUUGUUAAGAUCCAAGUUGAACUUCAUAAAGAAAUAAAGAAGAACAGCAAUCCUCGGAGUUUGAGAGCAGCAUUAUGGAGGUUUGCGGAAUUGUGUCAUAUGAUCAGGCCACAGAAGGGAAAACCCUAUGUGCUGAAUCUGGUGCCAUGCAUCAUUGCUGUUGCUCAACGAACUGAAGAAUCUGUGCUGGAAACACUUGCCUUAGCAAUGCCAAAGAUAUUCAAGCCUCUGGGGAAUUUCACCACAGAUAAUGAUAUUAAGAACCUUCUGAAGGCAUUUCUACACAACUUGUCAUCCAACUCUGCAGUUGUCCGCCGAACAGCAGCUGCCAGUAUACUAGCACUGUGUGUAUAUUGCAGAAAGCCACAUGUCUUCCUCUCAUAUACUUUGAAUAUUUUGAUGGAUUGUUUGGUGCCUGUGCGUGAGAUGCAACCAGUGCCCACUAUACUUGGUGUUUUGGGUUGCCUUCGAUCUAUUCUUCCGCAUAUGGUUUUGAAGGAGGCAGCUGAGGACGAAAUGAGAGGCAGUUUCGGUGUCAGAUGUCGUACACACGAGACACCGAUUUCAAUUGAUAGAAUGAUACAGGUGUAUGAACUUUGCCUGCAUUACACAAACCACACAGACCAUAAUGUCAUUAAUGGUGCUCUUGAAACACUUCAUCAGUUGCUGCAGGAUCCACCACAUGAUUUGCUUGCCAUUUUGCUUUCCUCUGAAGGCAUACGACGGAGCCACAUACAGCCGAGUGAGUCUCUCGAGAAGCUGUCUCGCCGUUCCUUGAGCCAAAUGAGUGUUGCACCAUCAAUUACUCACGGGGAUAUGUCACUCUUGGAUAAUGAAACAGAUGUCCCUGACCUGAAGCUUCCAUCCAUUGAGAAAUGGAUUGGGGAAGCUAGAGCAGCUAUGGAAGCAGCAGGGAAGUUAUCACCACAACACAUUUCUCAUGGAAAUGAAACAUUUGAAACGUCAAAUGCCCAAGAAGAAGAAACUGAAGACAACAGCUUCAUCCAGACAGAAGAAACUACACGUGGCUAUUCAAACAUGAAGAUUGGUAAAAUAAAUGAUGACAUUGACACAUGUAGUGAGGCGUCAUUUCCUGCAGCUCCUAACCGACCACCUGUGGUGCAGCUGCAGUCAUCAGUACAAAGUGAAGAGUCACAGGAAGAAUCAAUGCUGUAUAGUGGGUCUCCAUCACCAACUGCCAAUCAGAUAGAUGUUCCGUUUCAGGACUGUGAUGUAGGGAGCUUCACUGACAGUGACAUUCCACUUAUUUACUGUGCUCGUCACCUCGCAGCUUCCUUCCUGUUGACGGGUGUGACAGGACAUACAAUGCCGGACAAGAGUGUAAGGGUCAGUGUUAAAGCAUUAGCACUCAGCUGUAUCUCCAGCAUUGUGCGCUUAGCACCAGAUAUUAUCCUGCUACCUGUUGACAAAGUGAAGCAACUUUCUGAAGGAGCACAGCCUUUGACUGAUGUCUUGCUUUUUUCUGACCAUGUUGAUCCUCAAUUAAGAGGUGUUACAAAUCUAAUUGUGGGAAAUUUUAUGAGAUCAAUUUUGACAAAACAUACGAAAAGUUUUGGAGAUGUAAUGAAAGACAGCAAAGCACCAAAGAACAUCAUUCUCCCAUAUUUAAUAACAUUGCUGAUAAAGGGGCUACAGGAUGAAUCUUCAAUUUGUUGUCGUCACACUUUGACUGCCAUUGGCCAUUGUCUGAACCCUCUUCUGGAAAGUGUUAACAGUGUCGAUUCUAUUCCAAUACUGAACGCAAUUCCUAUAGUUGUGAGGAAUCCCUACUGGCUAGUGAAGGUUAAACUAAUUGAGGUGGUUAGUGAAUUACCAUUUAAUACAAUCCACUAUCUUACACAGACUAUGGAGUUCCAGGAAAAUGUUUUGUAUCACAUAGUGCUUAUUCUUCUCGGUGAUGAGGAUGCUCGCGUGAGGCGAGCUUCAUCUGAUGGCAUAGUGAGCAUAAUUGACAAGCUGUACUUCCCAGUGGAUUACCCUCAUCAAGAUACAGUGACAGCAAAAGGAGCCUAUUACAGCAAUUGCUAUAUGAGCCAGUUGCUUGUUACAAUGCCAGAAAUGUCAAACCACUCACUGCCAUACCGGUCUGUCAUUAACAGCAUUCCAGCACCUUUCAACCUCUACCCUUGCACAGCUGCAUCUGACAGAUUGGUCGAAUCAUCACUUUCGCGGAUGAUAAGCCUGCUUUGCAAGAGCUUAAUCCUUUCUUCAAAAUUCCUAUCGUAUGGAUGCUGUGAAGCUUUGAGCCAGCUGUCAGCUCGUUUCCCAACAACGGCUUACCCUCGUGCUUGGAACUGUUGUUUUCUGGGCAAGACAAAUUCCAAAAGAGGAAACCUUAAAAGAAGUCAAAGUCAGUCGGAUGGCACAGUUGUAGCGGAACCGUUAACGCUAAGUUCAGCAGGUGGCCUUUUGGCCACAAGUCUGUCACUUUUAACAGCUUCGCCACUAUCUCUGGACAUCAGUUGUCAGACAUGGCUGGUUCAACUUGCUGGAAAUCUAUUUUCUGGUUUGUCAGUUUACUGCCUACGACCAGCUGAAAUAGUAACUCCAGCUGAAACUGAACAGCAUAAAACUUUAUGGGCUGUUCUUCGAGACAAACAGUUGGCAGUGAUGAGUGAACAGUUGUUGAUACAUGUAACACGAGUGCUAAAUGUGUUUGUACAUGUCCUGGAAGAAACAGUCCCCAGCGCUCCAGCUCCGAGACCAGCAUUACCUUCUUUGCCAACUGCACCGUCUCUUUCUCCAAUCAAGCGAAGAGGCAGAGAUACUGAGGUCUUACGUACUCGUGGGCUGUCACCUUCCAAAGGUUCCCAUGAGAAAGAGGAUAAAGUUGAUGAAAAGAAGACAAACCGUGGAACACCCAUUGGAUUAUUUGCCAGCAGUGCUCAUUAUAUGAAAUUGUAUGAUGCUGUUAAAAGUGCAUAUACAAAUUACAAGAUCACUUUGGACUCUGGUGCAAGUCAGAAGUUUGUCUGCUUACUUAAUGCAACACUAGAAACUCUUUCACAACUUCUGGAGAUAGCAACUUUGCAUGAAGGAGGAAGGCUAGCAGAAGAAAUUCUUUCAUACCUACGUCUAACAGUGAUUAUAGCUCCCACUGCAACUGUUAAAUGUGUUCAACAGCUACUGAAAUGCCUGUUUGGUACAAAUCUAAGCGCACAAUGGGAGGAUGCAGAUGAGAAGAAAUUUUCUUCAGCACCUGUCGGCUCUCAGGUUCCUGUCUCAUCUGAUGGAUUUUACAGUACAUGUUUUCAAGCAGCGUACCGUUGCCUUACAGAUAAUAUUGCAUCCCCUUGCACAAAGACAGACAAGGACGAAGUGUCUACGUGGAUGAAUUAUAUAAGGAGGAGAAAUGACCGGAAAGCUCCAUUCCUACAGAAAAAUUUCACGAGGGGUUCUGACAAGGAUUCACUGGCUGCUUACAUCCGCUUGUUUGAGCCAAUGGUAAUCAAGGCACUGAAGCAAUACACCGUGACAAGUGAUGUGCAGCUUCAGUGUCGUGUUCUUCUUUUGCUAAGCCAGUUGGUUCAAUUACGGGUCAAUUAUUGCUUACUUGAUUCAGAUCAAAUUUUCAUUGAAUUUGUUCUGAAGCAAUUCGAGUUCAUUGAAGAAGGUCAGAUACCGUUGGCAGAAGAUCUCAUUCCGAGAAUAUUUUAUUUUCUGGUGCAUCUUUCGUAUGAAAAGCAUCAUUCAAAAAGUAUAAUAAGUGUUCCCAAAGUUAUACAGUUGUGUGAUGGGUUGAUGGCGAGCGGUCAGCCACCUGCUACCCACUGUAUACCAGCAUUAACACCUGUGGUAGAAGAUAUUUUCCUUCUGCGUGGCAGUAGUGGUGGUGCAGAUCUGCGGGAAUUAGACACACAGCGUGAAGUUCUGGUUUCAAUGUUGCUUCGUUUGGUAGAAUACCACCAGGUGCUGGAGCUGCUGGCUUUGGUGCUAAGCGAGCGUGAGAGUGAGGAGCGCUGGCGGCGCUGGUCGCGCCAGGUGGUGGAUGCGGUGCUGCCGCUCCUCGCCAGUGGCCGCAUCCGGCUCGAGUCCCGUGAGGCACAGCAGGCGCUCAACCGCGUCCUGGGAGCUGCCGCACCCAGUGUGCUGCGCCCCGCCGACCCCCUCCUGCGCUCUCUUUUUGCACCGUUCCCGAACCCGAACGGCUCCCUGGUAGCAAUGCAGCGGUGGCUGGGUGGGGUGUUGGCGCUGGUGUUGCUGCUGCUGUCCCACGGCAAGGAAGAUGCUGUCCUGGCCCGGCUGGAGGAACUGCAGCUGGCACCCCCUCCGUCAUCGCCUUGUGAUCCCUUGAAUGCUGCUGCUACAACUGCAUCUUGUGGGAUGGAUCCAGACCAGGCUGUUGCCAGGUUCCUACUCAGAGUUAUUAGUGUGGUUGGCAAACGGAUUCAUAAAGAAGCCUUCAAUCCAGCAGCUGACCCUGCCUGGGAUUACCUACAGGAGCAGUUUGCUCACUUCCUGCUGUACUGUAUAUACAUGUUCGAAUCAGGUAGCUACUGUAAGGUUGCCACAGCAGCUAUGGAGAUGGUGCAAGUGAGUCCAACUGAUAGCCUGGUCGGGAACAUGAAUAAGAUAUUUUUGGAACUCGCUGCUCGCUGUCCGUUAUUAACAUUCUUGUGGUGCUACCUAUUAAUUCUUCUGGGUUACUGUGAUCGCAGUUUCUGGGCCAGCAUUCUUCGUACAAAGCCAGUUCCUUUACUGAUGGAUGAAGGGCCAGUUGAAACUGAAAGCUGUGGCCCAUCCUCUUGUGUUAACUUGGAAGUAGUGAGGAAGGGUGGUACUAUCCUGUACUGUGACUUUGUGUGUGAGAACCUGAGUGAUGCCGAGCAGUUGACCUGGUUGUUGGUGAACCAUAUGGAGCAUGUUAUCCAGCUGUCGACGGAGCCACCUGUGCAGGAGCUGAUAGCAGCCGUCCACCGCCACAGCACGGCCAGCGGGCUGCUUGUACACGCCGUUGGAUCCCGUUGUCAAGAUAUGCGACAGCCAAGCCAAGUGUCGCGGCUCUUGCACUGCCUGGAGGGAGUGCACCCUUCACAGAGUGGUCCGCUACUGCAGCUGCUGGUGACGAAGCUGCUGUCCCUGCCACAGCUCGCACUGGCGAGGCAGGCUGCGUCACUGGCUGCCCGCCGUGCCGAAGUGCUGCUGGCUCUGGGCCGGGAGCAGGCACAAGCACAGCUGGCGGCGGAGGAGCUGCAGGCGCUGCUGGCGGAGCUGCAGCACCAUCGCAGGCAUAGUGGUCUCAUAAGUGUGUUAAACAAGUUGGCUUCUGAGUGCUACAAUUUACAGUCAUCUGAAUUUGAUUCUGGAACAAACAUUGUCCCAUCAAGUAUUCGUAGCAUUGUUGUUGACAAGAACUGGUUUCUGGCUCAAGUUAAAAACAGAUGCUCUCAGGGCUGUUUGUCUGGACGUGACUCAGCCCGCCUUCUUAGCAAGCUCCAGUAUGAGGACGUACUGCUGGUGCUGAGCUGCAAAGAAGUCAGUCCAAAGAUUUUGCAGCACUGCAUACGGUUGGGUACACAGCUGACUCUCCAGGCUUACCAAGAUGCUGGAGUUCCCCAGGCAAGUUACAGUGAUCCAGCAACCUGCAUAGAACUUCAGGAGAAAAUGCAGGAGUUGGAAAGCCCCUUGUAUGCUGCCUCUCGAGCUGUGUUGUUGCAGCAUGUUGCCCAUAUCAAGAGCCUUCUGCCUCGCCCGCACCAGGUAUUUAACCCUGAAGGCAGAAGUCCUUUGCCCAGGGAAGUGAAGUACACAUCUCGUCUUUCAGAUCUUCUGUCUGAUUCUAAAUUCUGGGACCUGAUAUUUGAAUUGGCUCCUGGAGUUACCUGCUACCUGCAGUCUCUGCCGAAGCUUGCUCUGGGUUCAUGGCCAUCUGUGCCUCAGCAGGACUGUGAGCCACUUGCAAAGUUUGGUGUUAUUUGUCUCGAGGCUAUUAAUUGGCUGAUUACUACAAAGGCUGGAAGAAGUUUCAUCUUGCCCCAACACCUAGAGGCCUCUUUAAACUGUGCUGCUUCUGUAAUACAAGAUACCAACCUUUCAGCAGUGUUGGGCCAGACUCAACAUGGCAGUUGGGUUGCCUCUGCUGUCAGUGGUUUGGUCCAUUGCACUUUACAUGUGCUUGAAGGAUGUCAGUUACCUCAUCUCCCUAGAAGCCAAGCUCUUGGUCCUGCUCUGAAGAUCCAGACAUGCUUAGUAUUGGCCAUGCUUGUUGUCAAGAUGGCUACAAUGGUAUUCUGGGCUUGAGCACUGCCAUCUUGAUGCCAUUUAAAAUUGUCCCUGAAUUUCUUCUCAAACCUAUAAUGAAACUAAUAGUGUGUUUAUCGCGCAUGCCCCUAAUCAACUCGUACGUUAUCACACCACCGGAUGUCUGGCGACAUGGAUGGCAAGUGGAACUGAACGGACCAGCAAAGACUCAUGUCCCACCAAUCCCUGUGGAGUACC